UGGUGAUCAGAGAAGCCCUGCUUGCCCUUGUUGAAGGAGUUGGGUCCUGCCGAUGUUGGCGUCUCCCUGAAAAGAUGGCCGACAUGUGAGGCGAGUUUGUGAACAAUGUUCCUGUCAAAAUGGGGCAGACCAUGUGUAUCUGCUCCCGCGGCUCCAUCACCAUCGAUAGCAAAAGAUAUUACUUCUUGCAGAAACUUGACGAGGGUGGUUUCAGCUACGUGGACCUGCUGGAGGGGGUGAAAGACGGGCGCUUCUACGCCCUGAAGAGGAUCCUGUGUCACGACCGAGAAGGUCGCCAGGAGGCCCAGACGGAGGUGGAGAUGCACCAGAUGUUCAACCAUCCCAACAUCCUCAGCCUGGUGGCGCACACCUUUGUAGAGCGCAAUGGAAAGAGCGAAGCCUGGUUACUUUUGCCCUACAUACCAAAGGGCAGCCUGUGGUCCGUUCUGGAGAAGCUCCGAGAGAAGGGGAGCUCCAUGCCCGAACAACAGAUUCUCAAAAUCUUGCGUGGGAUGUGUUCAGGACUCAAGGCCAUUCAUGACAAAGGUUAUGCACACAGAGAUCUUAAACCCACCAACGUGCUCCUGAACGAGGACGACAGUCCAGUCCUGAUGGACUUUGGCUCCAUGAACAAGGCACGCAUUGAGGUCCGAGGGUCCCGAGAAGCCAUGACGUUACAGGACUGGGCUGCCCAGCGCUGCACCAUUUCUUACCGUGCUCCUGAGCUCUUCAACGUCCAGAGCUACUGUGUCAUCGAUGAGCGAACAGACAUCUGGUCCCUGGGCUGUGUGUUGUACUCCAUGAUGGUGCUGGAGGGGCCCUAUGACCUCGUCUUCCAGAGAGGGGACAGUGUGGCCCUGGCAGUGCAGAACCCAGUCGUCCUCCCACAGCCAUGCAGCUACUCGGACGGACUUCAGUUGCUGCUGAGCUCCAUCAUGACAUCAAAUCACGAAGAAAGGCCGAACGUCAGCUGGGUUCUCGAGCAGGUACAGGACCUGCACACAUGUGGCCCCAACACUCAAACCAACAUGGUCUGAGCAGGACCUUGAGCACGCCAAUGGAAGUUGACAAAUCCAAAUCUAUUAUUUAUUGACCGGUGGUCAACUUGGUUCAUGAUUUACGGCUUCACACUCAACUUGUGAUCCAGACAUUCUCAAAAGGUAUUAUUCCUUACAACAUCACUUUACUGGUUUUGCUUCCAAUGACAUUCCUUAUGUUUUUUUUUUUAAAUAUUCGUACGUGCAUUUUCGGUACAUGAGAUAAUGAAUUCUACGUUAGAGCAGGGGUGUCCACACUUUUUAUAUUUUCUAUUUUCAGAACCAAUACAAUAUAUCGUUUUUGUUUUUAUUUUACCUUUAGAGCUCCCCCUCAAGUUUGGUCCCGGGGACCCGCAAAGGUCUCAAGUCAAAUUUGUUUUUAAAUUAGUCAUCCAUCCAUCCAUCCAUUUUCUACCGCUUAUUCCCUUUCGGGGUCGCGGGGGGCGCUGGCGCCUAUCUCAGCUACAAUCGGGCGGAAGGCGGGGCACACCCUGGACAAGUCGCCACCCCAUCGCAGGGCCAACACAGAUAGACAGACAACAUUCACACACUAGGGCCAAUUUAGUGUUGCCAAUCAACCUAUCCCCAGGUGCAUGUCUUUGGAAGUGGGAGGAAGCCGGAGUACCCGGAGGGAACCCACGCAUUCACGGGGAGAACAUGCAAACUCCACACAGGAAGAUCCCGAGCCUGGAUUUGAACCCAGGACUGCAGGACUUUCGUAUUGAUAAUUAGUCAUGUAUUUAAAAAAUUCAAUGUUUAAAUUUCAAGAUCAACUUCAGAUCCAUCUGUUGGUAUCAAGUUUAUUUUUUAGGUUUUGUGCCCUUUUUGUUAAAGAAAACCUUGUUUUUUUAAUGGCAAAAACACAAAAUAUGCAACAUUUUUCACCCCAAAAAUAACUCAAAGUUGAAUAUUUAAUGUGAAGUAAUUGGAGUCUUUCAUAACAACACUCAUUUUGAUUCAUUAUUAUUUUUUGAGCAUUAACUGUUAAAAAAUAACCAGUAAAAUUCCCAGGGUUCCAAAAGUGUAUAAAAUAAGUUAUAUCUUAUUUAAAUUUUUUGUUUAUUUUCAACCCUUAAUGGGAAAGUGCACAUGUUAAUUAAAAAAAAAAAAGUCAUAUAUUAAAAAAAUUCAAUGUUUAAAUUUUAAGACCAACUAAAGAUCUAUCUGUUGGUAUAAAGUUUAUUUUUUAGGUUUUGUGCCCUUUUUGUUAAAGAAAACUUUGUUUUUUAAAUGGCAAAAACACAAAAUAUGCAACAUUAUCCCCCAAAAAAUAAUUCAAAGUUGAAUAUUAGAUGUGAAAUAAUUGGAGUCUUUCAUAACAACACUCAUUUUAAUUCAUUAUUAUUUUUGGAGCAAUGACAAUUAAAAAAAAAAAAGCUGAACAUUUCCCAGUGUUCCAAAAGUGUUUAAAAUAAGUUGUAUAUUAUUAAAUGUUUUUGUUUAUGUUCAAUCCUUUAUGGGAAAGUGCACGUUAUUUUUUUUUUUUAAAUAAUUCAUAUAUUAAAAAAAUGCAAUGUUUAAAUUUCAAGAUCAACUUCAGAUCUGUGGAUAUAGAGUUUUUGAGUGGUUUUUUUUUUUGUUUUUUUUCAGGUUUUUGCCCUUUUGGUCAAAGAAAACCUGUUUUUUUUAAUGGCAAAACCCCAAAAUAUGCAACAUUUUUCACCCCAAAAAUAACUCAAAGUUGAAUAUUUGAUGGGAAGUAAUUGGAGUCUUUCAUAACAACACUCAUUUUGAUUCAUUAUUAUUUUUUGAGCAUUGACUUUUAAAAAAUAACCAGUAAAAUUCCCAGGGUUGCAAAAGUGUUUAAAAUAAGUCGUAUCUUAUUUUUAAUUUUUUGUUUAUUUUCAACCCUUAAAGGGAAUCAAUCAAUCAAUCAAUGUUUACUUAUAUAGCCUUAAAUCACUAGUGUCUCAAAGGGCUGCACAAAGGGAAAGUGCACGUUAAUUAAAAAAAAAAAAGUCAUAUAUUCAAAAAAUUCAAUGUUUGAAUUUCAAGAUCAACUUCAGAUCUAUCUGUUGGUAUAAAGUUUAUUUUUUAGGUUUUGUGCCCUUUUUGUUAAAGAAAACUUUGUUUUUUAAAUGGCAAAAACACAAAAUAUGCAACAUUAUCCCCCAAAAAAUUAUUCAAAGUUGAAUAUUUGAUGUGAAAUAAUUGGAGUCUUUCAUAACAACACUCAUUUUGAUUCAUUAUUAUUUUUGGAACAAUGACAAUUAAAAAAAAAAAGCUUAACAUUUCCCAGGGUUCCAAAAGUGUUUAAAAUAAGUUGUCCAUCCAUCCAUCCAUCCAUUUUCUACCGCUUAUUCCCUUUCGGGGUCGCGGGGGGCGCUGGCGCCUAUCUCAGCUACAAUCGGGCGGAAGGCAGGGUACACCCUGGACAAGUCGCCACCUCAUCGCAGGGCCUAAAAUAAGUUGUAUAUUUUUUAAUUUUUUUGUUUAUUUUCAACCCUUAAUGGGAAAGUGCAGGUUAUUAUUAUUUUUUUAAUAAGUCAUAUAUUAAAAAAAUGCAAUGUUUAAAUUUCAAGAUCAACUUCAAAUCUGUGGAUGUAGAGUUUUUUUGUGCCCUUUUUGUUAAAGAAAACCUUGUUUUUUUAAUGGCAAAAACCCAAAAUAUGCAACAUUUUCCACCCCAAAAAAUAACUCAAAGUUGAAUAUUUGAUGUGAAGUAUUUGGAGUCUUUCAUAACAACACUCAUUUUGAUUCAUUAUUAUUUUUGGAGCAAUGACAGUUCAAAAAAAUAACCACUAACUUUCCCAGGGUUUUAAAAGUGUUUAAAAUAAGUUGUAUACUAUUUUAAAUUUUUGUUUAUUUUCAACCCUUUAUGAGAAAGUGCACAUCCUAAAAUUGUUUUUUUUUUAAAGUCAUGUAUUUUAAAAAUUUAACGUUUAAAUUUCAAGAUCAACUUCAGAUCUAUCUGUCGAUAUAAAGUUUAUUUAUUUUCUUUUAGGUUUUGUGCCCCUUUUGUUAAAAAAAAAACAAGUUUUUUUUAAUGGCAAAAACCCAAAAUAAGCAACAUUUUCCCCCCCAAAAAAUAACUCAAAGUUGAAUAUUUGAUGUGAAGUAUUUGGAGUCUUUCAUCCAUCUAUCCAUCCAUUUUCUACUGCUUAUUCCUUUCAUAACAACACUCAUUUUGAUUCAUUAUUAUUUUUGGAGCAAUGACAGUUAAAAAAAAUAACCACUAAAUUUCCCAGGGUUUCAAAAGUGUUUAAAAUAAGUCGUAUAUUAUUUAAAAAAAAAAAAUAUUUUCAACCUUUUAUGGGAAAGUGCACAUCCUAAAAUUGUUUUUUUUUUUUAAGUCAUAUAUUUAAAAAUUCAACGUUUAAAUUUCAAGAUCAACUUCAGAUCUAUCUGUUGAUAAAAAGUUUGUUUAUUUUCUUUUAGUUUUUUUGCCCUUUUUGUUAAACAAAACCUUGUUUUUUUAAUGGCAAAACCCCAAAAUAUGCAACAUUUUCCCCCAAAAAAUAAUUCAAAGUUGAAUAUUUGAUGUGAAGUAAUUGGAGUCUUUUAUAACAACAUUCACUUUGAGUCAUUACUAUUUUUGGAGCAAAAAAAUAACCACAAAAAAAUCCAAAAGUGUUUAAAAUAAGUCGUAUAUUAUUUAAAACGUUUAUUUUCAACCCUUAAUGGGAAAGUGCACUUUUUUUGGAAUGUUGCCUAUGGUUCACAAUCAUUAUGAAAGAGAUGACGACGGAUGGAUCUAAAAAUUCCCCUGUCAUCAUUUUCAAAAUGGAGGAGGCUGAUUUCAAUACCGGUAAUUUGAAACUGCAUGAAGGGAAGAAGAUUAAGAGCUAUUCAGUAGGAUUUAAGGUACAAGCUUACAUCACACUCAAAUUUUUACUGCAUACCUUUGGUAAGUGCCGGAGUGAGAAGAGGUUUUAAAUUAAUUAGCGCAUGCUUACUUUUACCGCAUGCCUUUGGUAAGCGCAGGAGUCAGAAGAGGUUUUAAAUUAAUUAGCGCCCCUGCGGCAAUUCAAAGAAAUACGGUAUAUUUACAUAUGUUAUUAUACAUGCGGCGGUAUAACUCGGUUGGUAGAGUGGCCGUGCCAGCAACUUGAGGGUUCCAGGUUCGAUCCCCACUUCCGCCAUCCUAGUCACUGCCAUUGUGUCCUUUGGCAAGACACUUUCCCCACCUGAUCCCAGUGCCACCCACACUGCUUUAAAUGGAACUUAGAUAUUGGCUUUGAAAGCGCUUUGAGUCACUAGAGAAAAGCGCUAUAUAAAUAUAAUUCAUUUCAAUUCACUUAUGUUUAUUAAACCCGAAAGGAGGUGUUUUUUGGGGGGGUUCUCUCAGCUCCAUUGUAAUCGGACUUUUGAUCAAAUGUGAAUUAUAUUUAUAUAGUGAAGUGAAUUAUAUUUAUAUAGCGCUUUUCUCUAGUGACUCAAAGCGCUUUUACAUAGUGAAACCCAAUACUAAGUUCCAUUUAAAGCAGUGUGGGUGGCACUGGGAGCAGGUGGGUAAAGUGUCUUGCCCAAGGACACAACGGCAUUGACUAGGAUGGCGGAAGCGGGAAUCGAACCUGCAACCCUCAAGUUGCUGGCACAGCCACUCUACCAACCGAGCUAUGCUGGUAUUAAAUGUAUUUAAUAUUUAGAAACCAUAAAAGAAAUCCAUCCAUCGUCAUGUCUUUCAUAAAGAUUGUCAACGAAAGGCAACAUUAAAAAAAAAAAGUGCAGUUCCACUUUCAAAUCUCUCAGUAAACUUUAACAUUGAGCUGUCAAUUAUGAGUUUGAAUUACAAACCCCGUUUCCAUAUGAGUUGGUAAAUUGUGUUAGAUGUAAAUAUAAACAGAAUACAAUGAUUUGCAAAUCCUUUUCAAGCCAUAUUCAGUUGAAUAUGCUACAAAGACAACAUAUUUGAUGUUCAAACUCAUAAACUUUUCUUUUUUGCAAAUAAUCAUUAACUUUAGAAUUUGAUGCCAGCAACACGUGACAAAGAAGUUGGGAAAGGUGGCAAUGAAUACUGAUAAAGUUGAGGAAUGCUCAUCAAACACUUAUUUGGAACAUCCCACAGGUGUGCAGGCUAAUUGGGAACAGGUGGGUGCCAUGAUUGGAUAUAAAAGCAGCUUCCCAAAAAAUGCUCAGUCUUUCACAAGAAAGGAUGGGGCGAGGUACACCCCUUUGUCCACAACUGUGUGAGCAAAUAGUCAAACAGUUUAAGAACAACCUUUCUCAAAGUGCAAUUGCAAGAAAUUUAGGGAUUUCAACAUCUACGCUCCAUAAUAUCAUCAAAAGGUUCAGAGAAUCUGGAGAAAUCACUGCAUGUAAGCGGCAUGGCCGGAAACCAACAUUUAAUGACCGUGACCUUCGAUCCCUCUGACGGCACUGUAUCAAAAAAACAACAUCAAUCUCUAAAGGAUAUCACCACCUGAGUUCAAGAACACUUCAGAAAACCACUGUCACUAAAUAAAGUGGGUCGCUACAUUUGUAAGUGCAAGUUAAAGCUCUACUAUGCAAAGCGAAAGCCAUUUAUCAACAACAUCCAGAAACGCCUCCUGCUUCUCUGGGCCCGAGAUUCAUCUAAAAUGGACUGAUGCAAAGUGGAAAAGUGUUCUGUGGUCUGACGUGUCCACAUUUCAAAUUGUUUUUGGAAAUAUUCGACAUCGUGUCAUCCGGACCAAAGGAGAAGCGAACCAUCCAGACUGUUAUCGACACAAAGUUGAAAAGCCAGCAUCUGUGAUGGUAUGGAGGUGCAUUAGUGCCUAAGGAAUGGGUAACUUAGACAUCUGUGAAGGCACCAUUAAUGCUGAAAGGUACAUACAGCUUUUGGAACAACAUAUGCUGCCAUCUAAGCGCUGUCUUUUCAAUGGACGCCCCUGCUUAUUUCAGCAAGACAAUGCCAAGCCACAUCCAGCAUUUGUACAACAGCGUUGCUUCGUAAAAAAAGAGUGCGGGUACUUUCCUGGCCCGCCUGCAGUCCAGACCUGUCUCCCAUGGAAAAUGUGUGGCACAUUAUGAAGCGUAAAAUACGAUAGCAGAGACCCCGGACUGUUGAACGACUGAAGCUCUACAUCAAACAAAAAUGGGAAAGAAUUCCACUUCCUCAGUUCCCAAACGUUUAUUGAGUGUUGUUAAAAGAAAAGGUGAUGUAACACAGUGGUGAACAUGCCCUUUCCCAACUACUUUGGCACGUGUUGCAGCCAUGAAAUUCUAAGUUAAUUAUUAGUUGCCAAAAAAAAUAAAGUUUAUGAGUUUGAACAUCAAAUAUGUUGUCUUUGUAGCAUAUUCAACUGAAUAUGGGUUGAAAAGGAUUUGCAAAUCAUUGUAUUCUGUUUAUAUUUACAUCUAACACCAUUUCCCAACUCAUAUGGAAACGGGGUUUGUAGUUUGUUUAUUUUAUGCCCUUUUAGUUAAAUAACACAAAAUAUGCAAUAUUUUCCACUAACAAAUAUUUAAAAAUGUAAUAUUUCAUGUGAAGUGAUUGCAUCUUUAAAUAUGUCAAUAAUUCAUAACAACAUUGAUUUUGACUCAUUAUUAUUUUUGGAGCAACGCCAGUUUUAAAUUAAAAACAACAGCAUUUGGGGCGACUUUGUGUAAUUAUCCAAUCAACAUUGCAAUGUUUUAUUGUUGCAUUUUACUUGUUUUCUCUUUUUUUCCAUUUUUAAUGGGGGUUUUUUUUUGGACACCUCUGCAUUAUAGACAUUUAGAUAUGAAAAUAUAUAUUUUCCAGGGAAAGUCAGAAUCUUAGCAAGCAAGCGCUCACCAGCCCAGCGAUUGUCAAUAUUUCUAUUCUUCUUGCUUGCAUUUUGCUUCUUUCAUCUGCACCAAAUGAAUCUGGCGACCUGGUAUGUGAGGCGGACUCACCUGUAGAAAACAGAUCAGCAUUUUCCAACAGGACCAAUUCUUCUUCUGAAAGUGACUUUGACUAAAAAAGUGGACCUUGGACGCGUGUUAAAUGUUGUAAAUACUUUCUCUGCCCAGAGGAAGAUUAGAUUGUAUUCAACUAACACUAAGAAUAUGAAAAUAAUAGGACAACUCUACCCAGGUAAGUCCACACCUGCGCUGGUGGUGUAAUGCCUUGGGUGACCGCAGGGUGGUGCUGCAUCAUCACUUCCCUGCCUGUACUGUUGGGAAAGGGAAAGCAAAUGGAAUGAAUUAUUAUAACUUUUAAAUAUGAAAGUAGUCACACAAUGGACUUUUAAUCUUUUUGGUAAUCUCUUGACACAUUUUGAUUGCUCGUCCAACUUAUUUGUGGAAGUCUUUGGCGCUUCAGUUUAUUCUUUUUUAAGAUUUGAGGGUGAAAGUACUUUUCAUUUCAGCUGAAUAAUAAGAUGGAUGUUGUUUGUUUUCAGUCUCGGCCAGUGAAAUGGUACUUUUUUAAAAAUCUGUGGUUGAUGUUCUUUAGUUAGCAUAAAGACUUGACUUAAGUGUUGUGGCCCACAGCUAAAUCAUGCCUAAUGUUUUGUUUAUUAUUUAUUUCACGCUGAUUACAGUGUGAAUGUUGCUUUUAUUUUCUAAAAUAAUCAUUUAAAGUUGCUGUUUUCUCACUGCACAGAUAUUAAAUAUAUCACAAUAUCAUAAA